UUCAAUUAGAUUACCAAAAAGAAGAGCAAAAUCCAUUAGAGCUUAAUUAUUUCAAUGGACAAUAAUUAUCUUUGGGAAAUCUUCACUAAUAAACAAAAUAUUAGUGAAGAUCAUGCAGAUCAUCAUCACCAGCUACUUCAGAUUCCUAAUUUCCAACUAAAUGGAGUUUGCCAACAAGAUAAUCAAAUCCAUAAUCAAGAUUUGAUGAGUGAUCCUCAUCAUGGUUCGUCCUCAAUUAUUACGCCUCAAUUUCAAAUAAGUUCUGAUCCAUUAUAUAAAUCUUCAGCAGGCAGCAGAAGUACUUCAAUUAUUAUGCCUCAGUUCGAAACAAGUUGUGAUCGGUUAUAUAAAUCUUCAUUAGUCAACAUAAGUACUUCAAUUAUUGUGCCUCAAAACCAAACAAGUAAUUGUGAUAAAUCUUCGGUUAGCAGAAAUACUUCAAUCAUUACGCCUAAUCAAUUCCAAACAAAUUGUGAUUGGCUAUAUAAAUCUCUGAUCAGCAGUGGAAGUAGCAAUCUUGAUGAUGAUAUUAAGAAGGGGCUAAGAAGUGGUGAACCAAAUAAGCUCAGGAAAAGAGUUGUGCAUAGAAAUGUUGAAAGGCAUAGAAGGCAAGAAAUGGCAAGUCUUGUUGCUUCUCUAAGAUCUCUAAUUCCCUUUGAGUUCAUCAAGGCUAAACGUUCAACAUCAGAUCACAUGCAAGUAGCUGUGAAUUAUAUAAAGCAACUUCAGAAGAAUAUAGAAGAGUUGGAUAAUAGAAGAAAAAAGAUCAAGCAAAUUUCAUUGGAUGAUCAAAAUAAAAGUUCAACAAAUUAUGUGCACAAUAAUAAUAAUUGUGUCACAGUGAACAAAUGUGAAGAUGGUAUGGAGAUUUUGAUUAAUGUCAAUAAUAGCCAUAAAGAGGAGAAAUUUUCUUUGUCCAAAGUGCUGAGAUGGCUACUUGAAGAAGGACUAAAUGUGGUUAGUUGUGUUAAUUCCAAACAAGAUGAAUGGACUUUGAUCAGGAUCCAAUGUCAGGUCACUGAUGUUUCAUGCAUGGAUGUAUCUUCACUUGAACAAAAGCUAGCUGAGAUAUUGAUGCUUAAUUUGUCUUAA